CUUUUUAAAAGAGAGAGAUUUUUCAUCUUCUUUUUCUCAAGGGAGUCUUGUGACUUUUCCCCAGUUUGCUGAGGAGAACUCUGGAGUCACAAGGCAGGACAAUGGAGGGCUGUGUGCGGGGCAGCUGGAGUUGCCCGGGGCUCCACAGUUUCACAAACAAAAACUCUUCUUUUGCUUUUAUUAUUUAAUUUUUUAUGAGCUCUGCUGGGAAUUUUAUUUUUAACUCCACGUCCCAAAAAUAUGCUCCUUUUAAGAGUACGCUGAAGACGACGGCCACGUGCUCUGGGGAGUUUUUGCCCCCGGCUAUGUUUUGGUUUUGCUCUUCCUCUUACCCCUGUGAGGGCAGCAUUGUGACUUCUCUUCCUUAACGUUCGGACGUUCUGGAAGAAAAGAGGAACUUAUUUUCUGUUCAGUGUAGCAGUUGUUUUUAUCAGUUUUUAAAGUUUUGAGUGGGACCUUGUUUGGAGCUUUUCUGAACCGGGGCACAUGGUGAUGUCUCGUCCAAUUCCUCGUCUCCACUCGUACGGGUCGACAGCAGCCGCCUGGGACCAGGCCAUGAAGGACGGAGGAUUCUCUGAGAAAGAAAAUGAGUUCCGGGGCGAGCUGGUGAACCAGCGGUGGACACGAGGCGAGAGGACCAGCAACCGCUGUCAGGCCUCCCAGAGACUGCAGAGCCGUCGACCAAUCAUGAUGAGUGUAGAAGGUGACGACAAGCGAACCCGCACUCGGUCCAAGGGAAUCAGAGUUCCUAUUGAGCUUGUUGGACAAGAGCUGAGCUGCCCCACCCCUGGAUGCAAUGGCUCCGGCCAUAUCAGUGGGAGAUACUCACGACACAGAAGCAUCCUGGGCUGCCCCAUAGCGAGAAAGCGACGCCUCGAGGAAGCAGAGGCCGAGCAGGAGCAGGAGCAGGAGCAGGAAGCGGAGCGUCCCGCCUCCAAGAGGAAGUCCCACCCCCUGAAACUGGCCCUGGACGAGGGCUUCAGCGCCGAGAGCGACGCCAGCAGCGAGGCCGAGGGCGAGGGGGACAAGGACGGGGAGAAAACAGAGGAGGGCAAGAAGGGGGAGGAGCAGGAGGAGGAGGAGGAGGAGGAAAAGGAGGAGAGCGAUGCGGGCGUAGAGGAGGUGGAGGAGGAGAUGACGGAGGACGUCACACAGGACGGACAGACAAACGGACCAGAGGAGGAGACGCAGCAGAAGGAGGAAGAGGAAGAGUGUGUGAUCAUCGAGCCUGAACCCAGAGCAGCAGCAGCGGCAGCAUCAGCGGCGGCGGCGUCGCCGGCCGAGGAGCGCGAGCCUCCCUCGCAGAGCGCCGAGGAGGUGGCCAACUCUCUCCUCCACCUGGGCAACAUGACUCCAAGCGUGUCCGCUCAGCAGCCUGUUGCCAUGGAGACGGAGGAGGACGUCACCGCGGUGGACGCUCGGGGCGAGGGAGCGGACGAGGAGCAUGGGGACCGCGUUGACGAGAGGGAAGGAGAAGAGGAGGAGGACGCGUCCGUCCUGCAGAGGGAGGUGGAGGAGGAGGAGGAGCAGCGCAAGGACUCGAGCCACAGCGAAGGCGUCCAACGCCAACAGAUCAAAGGUGACGAGGAGGAGGAGGAGGAGCAGGAGCAGGAGGGGACGGUAGAGCCACCACAGCAGAGGCAGGACGCUCCAGCAGCAGAAGAAGAAGAGGAAGAAGAGGAGGAGGAGGAGGAGGAGGAGAAGGAGGAAGAGGAGCACAGGGACCAUGUUCUGCCACUUUCUGAUGUGCCAACUGCCAUCCGCACCAUCACCAGCACCGCAGCAGCUCAGGGAACUCACAUCAAGACAGAAGACCACAGGGCCAGUCCUCCGGAGGACUACAACUCACACAGGGCCAGUCCCCUGGAGAACUAUAACAGAGCCAGCCCCCUCCACAAAUACGACUCUCACAAGCCGGGCUCGCUACACAACUACAUGACCGGUCCCCCGCUCAGCUUCAGCUGCCACAGGGCCAGUCCGCUGGAGGACUACUUCCCCAUCCCCAGAGGCGAGGGCUACAAAACGGGCCACAAGGCCUCGUCCUCGGCCUCGCCGGACGUCAUCGAGGUGCGGUCGGACCGGUCGGAGGAGAAGGACUUCGAGGACGCGGACGGGGACGACGAGCGCGACGACGAGGACAGCCUGUCGCAGCGCUCCGCGGUGACGGACGAGUCGGAGAUGUUCGACAUGACCCGCGGGAACCUGGGCCUGCUGGAGCAGGCCAUCGCCCUGAAGGCGGAGCAGGUGAAGCCGGCCGGGCCCAGGGAGCUGCUCCGCGCCCCGGACAUCCACCACCAGCGCUACUUCACCAUGGAGGACAGGCCCAAGCACCUGGACGUCAUCCGCAAGAGCUACUUCAGCAAAGAGAGCUCUAGGCCCGAGAAGAGGGAAAUCAAGUGUCCGACGCCGGGUUGUGAUGGAACGGGUCACGUGACCGGUCUUUACCCCCACCACCGCAGCCUGUCAGGCUGUCCGCACAAGGACAGGAUCCCCCCCGAGAUUCUGGCCAUGCACGAGAACGUCCUGAAGUGUCCGACCCCCGGCUGCACCGGCCAGGGCCACGUCAACAGCAACCGCAACACGCACCGCAGUUUGUCUGGUUGCCCCAUCGCUGCUGCAGAGAAACUGUCCAAGGGCCACGAGAAGCAGCCCCUCCCUCAUCUCGGCGGCGAGCACCUCAAGGGAAGCCCCAACGACAGAGUGCUGAGCCCCGCCCUGACCUCCUCUCCCUCUCCCCCCGACAGGCCCAUGUGCUUCGUGAAGCAGCUGGACGUGCCCCAGUACGGCAGCUACCGGCCCAACAUGGGGCCGUCCACGCCUCGCGCCAACCUGGCCAAGGAGCUGGAGAAGUACUCCAAGGUGUCCUUCGAUUAUGCAAGCUUCGACGCCCAAGUGUUCGGGAAGCGCACGCUUGCUCCAAAGAUGCCCACCAGCGAAACCUCACCCAAAGCCUUCAAAACCAAGCCCUCGUUCCCCAAGUCGUCGUCGUCGCCGCCGCCCAGCCUCGGUCUCCACGGUUACGGGAAGAGCUCCUCCCUGGCCUACGAUUACUCCCACGACGCCGAAGCUGCUCACAUGGCCGCCACUGCCAUCCUCAACCUGUCCACCCGCUGCUGGGAGAAGCCCGAGAACCUCAGCACCAAACCCCAGAACAAGGAGAUGGACAUAGAGGUGGACGAGAACGGCACCCUGGACCUGAGCAUGAAGAAGCCCAUUAAACGCGAGGGCAGUCUGUCCGGCACCAGCCCCGGGGUUCGGUCGCCCGACCCGUCCUCCUCCUCGUCCUCGCUGCACCACGGCGGCAGCGGGAUGACGUCGCCCAACGUGCACAGCUACAAGCAGGAGGACUGGGAGGGGCCGCUGGACUACACCAAACCCAACCGCCAAAGAGAGGAGGAAAUGGACGAGAUGGAGCACACGGGCCAGUCGUACGUCUCGUCCGACCCGGAGGACUGUGACAUGAUGCAGGACAUGAUGGAGGAGAGGAAGUACCCGGGAGAGGUCACCACCCCGAGCUUCAAGGUCAAGUUCCAGCCCAAGGACAGCAAGAAGGAGCUGCUCUCGUGUCCCACACCGGGCUGUGACGGCAGCGGCCACAUCACAGGAAACUACGCGUCCCAUCGCAGUCUGUCUGGGUGUCCUCUCGCUGAUAAGAGCCUUCGGUCCCUCAUGGCGGCCCACACCCCUGAACUCAAAUGCCCGACGCCCGGAUGUGACGGCUCCGGUCACAUCACAGGAAACUACGCGUCUCACAGAAGUCUCUCUGGGUGCCCGCGUGCCAAGAAAAGUGGAAUUAAAACUCCUACCAAGGACAACCAGGAGGACUCCGAGCUUUUAAAGUGUCCGGUGCCGGGCUGCGACAGCCUGGGCCACAUCAGCGGGAAGUACGCGACGCACCGCAGCGCCUACGGGUGUCCGCUGGCCGCCCGCAGGCAGAAGGAGGGGCUCCUGAACGGGACGCCCUUCAACUGGAAGGCCUUCAAGACAGAGGGGCCCACCUGCCCCACCCCGGGGUGCGACGGCUCCGGACACGCCAACGGAAGCUUCCUCACACACCGCAGCCUCUCAGGAUGCCCCAGAGCCUUGUACGCCAAGAAGAAGGCCAAGUUCCCCACAGAAGAUUACCUGAGCACCAAGUUCAGAGCCAGCGACGUUUUGGACAACGACGAGGACAUCAAGCAGCUCAACAGAGAGAUCAACGACCUCAACGAAUCCAACAACGAGAUGGAGGCCGACAUGGUCAACCUGCAGACUCAGAUCUCGUCCAUGGAGAAGAACCUGAAGACCAUCGAGCACGAGAACAAGAUGAUCGAGGAGCAGAACGAGGCCCUGUUCAUGGAGCUGUCGGGUCUGAGCCGCGCCCUGAUCCGCAGCCUGGCCAACAUCCGCCUGCCGCACAUGGAGCCGAUCACCGAGCAGAACUUCGACAGCUACGUGAGCACCUUGACCGACAUGUACACCAACAAGGACUGUUUCCAGAGCCCCGAGAACAAGGCCCUGCUGGAGAGCAUCAACAAAGCCGUGAAGGGCAUCAAAGUCUGACGCUCCGAGUCCCGAAACCCGUCCCGGAGGAGGAGGAGAGGACGGAGGGGACGGAGGGGACGGAGGGAGGCCGACGUACUCUACAGUAUCAUGAAGAAGUGUGAUUCAAAAACAAAAAAAAAAGGGAAUUCAGGUUAUUUAAAUAAAUGGCAACUUUAAAAAAAAAAACAAAAAAAAAAAACAAACCCAGGGAGCACUCUGCUGAAGAAAAAGUGACGCGGACCAAAAUCCACACCAUGCUGCUGCUGCUGGGAUCCGAGGAACAGACGCUCCGGUCGGGACGGACGGACGGAGGAGGAGAAAACUAGUUACUAGAACCUGUAUCUGGGGGUUUUUUCCUGGGCUGUACGUUUACCUGUUGUCUCUUCUGUGUCCUUAACCGUUUAUUUGUGUUCAGUUUUUUUUUUUUUUUUUUGGAGCCUCGAUAAAGUCGCAGCAGCCGGAGGAUCGAUGGCAGGAAACGACGGGAAAAUGAAACAAACAAACAAACAAACAAACAAAAAAAAAGCUGGAUGAGGAAACUCUUGUAGCAUUCACUGUGGCACAAACUGUGCGUUCACCAGCUCCGGAAAAGCUCCGUCGUCCACACACAAUCACCCCAGCAAUAUGAAGCGUGCACUAAAGCGACGUGUGUGAGCGGAAGAGACGCGAAAGUCACGGAUCCGGGAGCAGACCACGAAGAAAGAGCAGCAGAUUAACCCCCGUUUUUUACUCCACUUUUCAUUUCCUCUCAUUUUAUUAUUUAUUUUUUUAUUUAACAGAAACGAUAAUAGUUCUAGUGGCACACGUUUCAAAUUCAGUUAGUCAUAUCAAUAGUAUUUAUGAUAAUAUAGGAAUUGCACUUCAUUUCGAUGAAUAGUUUUGUGGUACGAUAAUUAUUGUUAUAUAUGAAUUAUUUAAACUUGUAAACUUUUAAAUUGUAACUUAUUGCCAUUUAUGUUUUUCGAGGUUUAUUUAUUUGAAGCAAUCUAUUUAUUAUUCAUUUUGUUUUGUAAAACACACACACAGAGAAAAACAACAACUACUGAUUAUCGUGGUUCAAGAUUUGCAAAUGUCUUAAUAUUUUAAGAGCCUAUAUAGAUAGAACUGACGAGGCAUAUUUUGUUUUUUUGGAGUACUUUUUAAAAAGCGUUUUUAAGUGCAGAUGUUUUAUAACAGACGAAAAUUUUUUUGAUAAUUUUUCAGCAAAAAAAAAGUUUUAUUCUUUCUGUUUUUUGUUUUUUUUUAAUUAUUAUUAUUAUUCUUAUUAUUUUGGGUUGUUCAUGUUUUCCGCCCCUCUCUUCUUUGUCUUCUUUAUGCUACUGUUACAUUUAAAAGAUAAAAAAAAAAAACUAAACAAAAGAAAUAGCAACCACUGCUGAGAGGGUGACGAAACAAAAAUGACAAAAAGAAAGUAUGUAUUUAUUAUUUAUUUAAUAUGAAAGAAAUCGACUGAUAUGGGCUGUAUAUUUAUUUUGUUAUUUAUGUGCGUGAUGUGAUGGUUGAGUCUGACUAGUCUUAAAGAUCCACUGCUAAUAUUUAAAUAAAGAAACCGAAUCAAUACUAAAUACUGUUUGAUUUGCUUAGGCGGAUACUUAGACGUACCAGCAGCUGAUUGUAAAACACACACAAACAAACAAACAAACAAACAAACAGCAAAAGCAACAUGUGCUCUCGGUGUGUUUGCUUUUGUCAGGUGAAAAAAACAAAACAAAAUAAAAUAAAAAGUUGGAAAAAUAGUUCAGAAACGUUACCUCUCCCAAGCGCUUUGUAGCGGCCACUACUGGCUCACCCAAAAACUACAACAACAACAACGACAACAACAACAACAAAAAAGAUAAACAACCACCUCUGUGAUGAUGCACCGCGGCUGCUUAACACGUUCUUGUCGUCGUCAGUUCAUCGGUUCAUGUGUAGAGCUCUAAUCCAGCAGUGUGUUAGUCUAAAACACACACACACACACACGCGGUGACACAUCCGUAGGAAACGCCUCCUCGGACAAACAGAUAAACACACACAACAACAACAAAAAAAAAAAAAAAAAACACACCACCCUUGUAGCCUUACUCUAGAUUUUAAUUUUUUUUUUUGACGCACAAAGUGCCACUGAAAAAGAAAACCAACGAAACAACAACAACAACAAAAAAACAGAAAUAAUAAUAAUAAUAAUAAAUAACCAGAAGAAGAGAACUCACUUUCUUUCCUGAUUCUUCGCAUUUUUCUGCAAUGUAACAAUGUCUGGUCGGAGAGAGGCCACGGCAUCGAGGGAGAGCGGUGAUUGUUUCAGAUGCCUUUAUUUCUCUGCCUACAUGGCCAUAAGUUCACUAUAAAUACAUUCUGUAUAAAUAGAUUUUAAAGAUGCUAUAUAUAUGAAUAUAAACAUACAUAUAUUUUUCCAGUGUAAUUGUUGACUUGCUCUUCUUCUUCUUCUUCUUCUUCUUCUUCUUCUUCUUCUUCUUCUUCUCUUGUAUUAACUUAUCAAACUUACCACUGGCUGUUUAGAAGAGAUAAAGGAGCGUUAAUAGUAGGAGGCAGUUACACCUUAUUUAUGUCAUCAACUAAUUAAUGUCACCAACAAGACCAGCUCAACUGUGGCUUUAACCCGCCGGUCGGAGCCGGACGCAAAAAGUCGGCUCAGACGUGUUCUCAUAGGCUUUUUAUUUUAUUUUAUUUUAUUUUUUUUGUUGCUCCCUUGUUCGUCCACAAAUGUCCAAAACAAAAACAAAAAAAAACAAACAAAAAAAAUCUACUAUGUGUUGUACAACUGAAUCUGAGAAAUGAAUUUGAAACUAGAUGGUUGGCUCUUUGUUCCUAAGUGUCACGUGAGUUCAUGUGUAGUUACAAACUAAGAAGACAAAAAAAAAAAGAAAAGAAAAGAAAAGAAAAAAGGCGAAGCCUCUGAAUAAUGUUCUGCACUCACAGCGUUUAGCGGCAUCGUUGUGUUUUAUGGCUAGAAAACCCAGCGAAUAGGAGCAGUUUGCAUCGCAGCGGCUGUGGUGUGUGUGCAGUGCAACACCCCCCCUUCUUCUUCUUUUUGUUUCUUUGUUUUGUUUUUGUUUGUUUGUGUAACUCUGAUGUCAAAGGCAUGUUGUAAAUGUGCUUUAAGCCAAUGUAGAAUGAAACUCCUUCGUGCACUUUCUGAAUAACUGUUUGAAAAAAUGCCAGCAUCCGAGUCUGAGAGGAGGAGAGAGGAGCCCUGUUUGUGUCUCACGUAGGAAAUAACCGUUUUAGAUUCAUCGGCGGGGGUGGAAGGCAGGAAGGAAGGAAGGAAGGAAGGAAGGAAGGAAGGAAAGUAAAGAAGGAAUGAAGGAAGGAAGGAAAGGAAGGAUGGAAGGAAGAGGCUCUUUUCUUGUGUAAAACCAAAAGAGAUUGACGGGGGUUUGGUUCUCAGGUGACCGGGUGGUUGGGUGGUUGGGUGGGUGGUGGGUGGGGGGGGCUGUUAGAGCGAUGCAGAGCGGGGUCAGAGGUCAGCCCCAGACGGCCGAGGCCGGAGGCGAUAGCUGCACGGGGGCCAGCGUGAAACGAGACGAGCGCGUGGGAGUGAGGGAAAUUGAUUUCGCCGGGAUCCACAAAAAUCUCCCCUUUAGUUUCAGGAGGAGGCGUUUGUUGCAUAAAUACGUGUUCGUCACUCAAAAGAAUGUCAAAGCUUUUUUAUGACUUUUAAACCCCCUCCUCCCUCCGCCCCCCCCCCCCGUGCCCUUCAUCCCUUCAUGUGCAACCUUUCCUCAGGAAGGAAAGCUUCGGAUGCAUUCGAGAUAUUCUUCCUCCUCUUGACGAUGCACGAGAUUCUGCCCGAGAGUUACAGACUGUGAAUAUUCUCCCUGUUUGAUAUGGCAUGACCCCUUUUAAACUGCUUGAUAAAAUCCCCUACUGAGGUAUGUAAAUGAAUAAACGCCGAGGCCGUGGAAGCGUAGCAUUUUCUAAAAGGCAGCAAACAAUAAU